AUGGAAAACAAGGAGGUUACUGGCGCUGUUACGGAAGAGGUAUCCAGAAGCAUCUAUCCUUGCUCUUCUCUCACCCAGUUGAGCGGAGGAACGGCCAACUUUGUCUAUCGUGGUGUUCUGCUAAAAGCCCUCCACGACGGCACAACCACUAUCAUAGUGAAGCAUGCAGAGGAUUAUGUGGCCUCUAAUCGGGAUUUCAAGCUUACUGCUGAGCGAUGUCGAGUAGAAGAGUCAGCCCUCACAGCCGUCAACAGACUGGCCAGUAUCAGUACGAAUAAUGGGGAGCACGAAGGACAGAGGUAUCAAAUUACUGUCAGAACCCCGCGGAUCUUUCAUUUCAACUCCCAAACCAAUACUCAGAUCAUGGAAGACCUUCCGGAUGCUUUGGAUCUGAAAACAUUCCUGAUAUCUCAGAGCGGGUCUCAAACGAUUCCUCGUGAAUGGGCUUUAUCCGUUGGCCGUACCUUGGGAAUUUGGCUUCGAUCAUUCCACUCCUGGUCCUCACUUCCCGAACAGGCAGAAGUCGCUGCUGAAUUUGACAAAAACAAGUUUAUGAAGGAUUUGAAGUUCUCCAUUAAUUACAAUAACCUUAUCAAUAUGAUUGGGACAUAUCCAGAGCUUCUGGAGGAGAGUCGACCGAUAUUGGAGAAGGUCCGAGAGAUGGCUGCAGAAGAACUGGGUAAGACAGGAGGAGGCCCGGCGCUUUUUGGGCCGAUUCAUGGUGACUUUUGGUCCGGAAAUGUUUUGAUUCCCCAGACGGCACUCGACCAACCAUCACCAACCACUCAUCUUUUCAUCAUUGACUGGGAAUUAGCUCAAUGCGGGAACCGCGGCCUCGACUUGGGUCAGAUGAUUGCUGAGCUCUAUAUGCUGAAACACUUCAAAGACAUUGAUGCCGGUUUGUGGGCUAUCGAAGGCCUUGCCGGAGGGUAUCAGGAUAUCAGUGAUGACCUUGCCUUUCGGACACUAAUCCAUGUCGGUGUACACCUUAUCUGCUGGGGAAGCACUAUUGCUGGAUGGGGGACAAAAGACCAAAUCCGCGCAGUGAUUUGUAUCGGCAGGGAUCUUAUUACGAAAGCCUGGGAGAGGGAUCGAACCUGGUUUGAAGAAAGGGUUUGGAAAUGCAUGUUUAGUAUUUAGGGCUCGCUCAUUGUCGCACGCGGGGAGAAGAUAAUACCCAAUUCGGGCACGAUUUUGCUCUUGCUCGCCAUAUUCGAGUUCAAGGACAUAUAAGAGAGAAUGUGCAUCUGUAGUAAUGCUAGAGAAUUAUCCUGUCCUGGCUCCUUAUUAUUAUCCUCCUCUUCUUCACCCUAAUAGCUG